AUGCCUCGGGACAAUGUUUCUCGUGUGAAGAAGACCAACACUAUUGGAAUCCUGACGUUCAUCGGGCUACGUGCGGCUGAUUCUGUUUUCCAGUAUGCCCUUCUCCAGCGAGGCUGGGCAUCUAGCCUGAUCCAGCGCCUCGGUGCGGCAGCUGUGAGUCGUGACAUGAUUGCCCAUACCUCGACCGGUCAGCUACGACCUCAGUACGCCAUGAUCGCAUUUAUGGCUCUCGGUAGCAGCGUCAAGCAGAUUUUGAACAUCCUUCUCGUCCUAGAACAGGAAAUGUCUCCCCUGUCCGCAGUUGCCAUCGCACUCUUCAACACUAUAUGCAACUCUUUAAACGCACUCUUGUCCGUUUGGGCGGUUACAUCUCAAGCACCGGGCCCCGAUAGCUUCCUUGAAAUUCUUCAGAACCCACUCCUGCUGGCCGGUGUCGGAUUCUACGUGGUUGGUAUUGUGGUAGAGGCGGCCUCGGAGCUACAAAGAACAGCAUUCAAGAAAGAUUCAAACAACAAAGGAAAGCCCUACGCUGGAGGCUUAUUUUCUACGGCAACACACAUCAACUACGGCGGUUAUACAAUUUGGCGAGCCGCCUAUGCAUACACCUCGGCUGGCUGGCCAUGGGCACUAGGCAUCUUUUCUUGGUUUUUCUACGAUUUUGCAGCUCGAGGUGUCCCAGUCCUUGACCAGUAUCUUCUUGAUAGAUAUGGUGAACAAUGGCAGGCUAUCAAGGACCGCGUUCCGUACCGUCUGAUCCCGGGCAUUUAUUGA